UUUUUGGUUGGUCGUGUUGGUGUUUAGUUUUGACAAUCUGGUGGGAAAUGUAGCCGGUUUUCGCUCAUUUUCCAUAGAAUUUGGCCCAAAACUAGUGACAAUCGCAGUGAAAAUUGUUGAUUUCGUGUCGUUAGUGAUGUAGGAAUGUACUCGGGUAGUGAUUCGACCGAAUCUCAGACCUACCCUCAAUGGGCACUCAACCCAUCAACGUACCAAAACAUGUCCAACGAGCAAGUGGAUUGGGCCGCUUUGGCCCAACAGUGGAUCAUAAUGAAGGAAGCGGGGCCACCACCAGUUAUUUCGAGCGAAAAGGCCCCAAAAAAUGAGGGUGGCGAAGCCCCCAUGGACGUCGAAGACAAGGACGAAUCGCUUGAAUGGCACACGCAGAAUGAGUGGAGUUGGAAUGCGCAGAACCAGCCGUGGGGCUGGACGCCCCCCAUGGGGGUGCCACCCCCGGUGCCCCUAAAGCCCCCUCUUUUGCCCACGCCCGCCAACUUUAACUAUAAUGCGCCCCCUGAGAGCGUCAACGACAACGCCAAUUUCACUGGCUACUCUACUGUACCCCAAAACGACUAUUCGUCGGGUUAUUGGACUUCUGCCGGAAGUUCAAAACAAGUAAAGCCACACAAUCGACGAUUUAGUAAAGUUAACGUUCCACGACCGGUACAACCCCUAAUCAGUGAAACACAGCCAACUUUGGAUGCCACGAAACGUAAACAAUUGCCGGCUUGGAUACGUGAAGGAUUGGAGAAAAUGGAACGUGACAAAUUGAAACAAUUGGAGCGCGAGAAGGAGAAACAAGAGAGAGAGGAAUAUAACGAAAAAAUGAAACAAAGUGAGAAGGAAACAAUGGAGAUUUUAAAAUCGACGAUUAAAGAACAACAAAAGUCUAAAUUUGAGAGUGAUAACGAAUCGGAGGACGAUGAUAAGAAGGCUGUGGAACCAGUGCUGACACCUGCCGAACAAAUGAUGAAUGUGAGGAGGACCAUGACUGAAAUACUUCUCAAAGUGACAAAUCAUGAAAUUGAAAAUAUCUGUCGCGAGGAAUUGCAACGUUACCACAAAAAACACAAAGCUUCAGAUCGUCGCGUUUCUGCACCCAGCGGUGCCAACGUAACGACGAAACUUGGUUUGGGCAUUUACGGCGGCUCCGGAAGUAGCAGUAGCGACAACAGUGGCGACGACAAAUCCCCAGAACGUAAAGAUUCCGAUACGGAACUAAAGGACAGUAUUAAGCGCAAAAAAGCCGAAUUCAGUAAAACCGAACGCGAAAUCGAGGACAAGUUGGCCGUGGCUGCUGAAAGAAAACAAUCACCGGUCACACGUUCCCCCACUCCUGAAAAAACAAACGAUAAUCACAACACACAGGUAGACGCAAAAUCUCAAGGACGGAAACAAACGACGAAAAAACGUGUUGUUCGUUCAUCUUCGUCGAGUUCGUCGCGAAGUCGGUCGACAACACCCGAAAAAAGCCGACGUAAAAAACGCUACUCUCGAAGAAGUAGGUCGAGGUCAAGGUCGUCUUCGUAUCGGAGGCGGAGGUCGAGGUCCAGGUCCAGGUCCCACCGGCGCAGCCGACGGUCAAGGUCACGGAGUGGUGGUAGGGGUAAGAGGUCGCGCCGGCGCUGAAGUGUUUCGAUUUUGUUUUGUUUUAUGUAUAUAAGUGUCUUCCUAGCAAUAAUUAUUAAAGUGUUUAGUUGAGGUUUUAAGUGAAUGUAACGAUUUUCAUUUGCUGAAUAAAUAUCUGCGAGCCUUA